GCCGCCGAGACCUCCGCCUGCGAACAAAGAGGAGGCCGGCAGGGCGGAGGCGUCUGCGGCGAGCAUGGCGGACCGCAGCCUGGAAGGCAUGGCUCUGCCCCUGGAGGUGAGGGCCCGCCUGGCCGAGCUGGAGCUGGAGCUGUCGGAAGGUGAUAUCACACAGAAAGGAUAUGAAAAGAAGAGGUCAAAAUUAAUUGGAGCCUACCUUCCCCAGCCUCCGACAGCGAAUGGAGCUGCCGUGGUUCGCUGUAGACUGCAGCACGGCGAAGGAGCGCCGAGGAGAACCUUCCGCGCUGCCCACGUCGGCGUGUGCGACAUCCGAGACGCCGCGGCCAGGGAGCGGGCGGCCAGCGCCGCGGGGAACCGGCCUCUGUUUUACUUUCGUUUCGGGCUGGACCAGGCUCUGCCUCAGGAGCGCCGGGCUCCCGUCACUCCUUCCUCCGCCUCUCGCUAUCACCGCCGACGAUCCUCAGGGUCACGAGAUGAGCGCUAUCGCUCAGAUGUCCAUACAGAAGCUGUUCAGGCAGCUCUGGCUAAACACAAAGAAAGGAAGAUGGCAGUGCCUAUGCCUUCCAAACGCAGGUCCCUGGUCGUGCAGACCUCGAUGGAUGCGUACACACCUCCAGAUACCUCUUCUGGUUCAGAAGAUGAAGGCUCGGUACAAGGAGAUUCGCAGGGUACCCCCACCUCCAGCCAAGGCAGCAUCAACAUGGAGCACUGGAUCAGCCAAGCCAUCCACGGCUCCACCACAUCUACCACCUCUUCUUCUUCCACCCAGAGCGGGGGCAGUGGGGCUGCCCACAGGCUAGCAGACGUCAUGGCCCAGACACACAUAGAAAAUCAUUCUGCACCUCCUGAUGUAACCACUUACACCUCGGAACACUCCAUCCAAGUAGAAAGACCGCAGGGCUCAACCACGUCCCGGACAGCACCAAAGUAUGGCAAUGCUGAGCUCAUGGAGACUGGGGAUGGAGUACCAGUAAGUAGCCGGGUAUCAGCAAAAAUUCAGCAGCUUGUUAAUACCCUCAAACGACCUAAACGGCCACCUUUACGAGAAUUCUUUGUGGAUGACUUUGAAGAAUUGUUAGAAGUUCAACAACCAGAUCCAAACCAACCAAAGCCAGAGGGAGCGCAGAUGCUGGCCAUGCGUGGGGAGCAGCUGGGAGUGGUCACCAACUGGCCGCCGUCGUUAGAAGCUGCACUGCAGCGGUGGGGAACCAUCUCUCCAAAGGCCCCCUGCCUCACCACCAUGGACACCAACGGGAAGCCCCUGUACAUCCUCACUUACGGUAAACUGUGGACAAGAAGUAUGAAGGUUGCUUACAACAUUCUGCAUAAAUUAGGUACAAAGCAAGAACCUAUGGUACGGCCUGGAGAUAGGGUGGCGCUGGUAUUCCCUAACAACGAUCCGGCUGCGUUCAUGGUGGCCUUCUACGGCUGCCUGCUGGCUGAAGUGGUUCCCGUGCCCAUCGAAGUCCCACUCACAAGAAAGGAUGCAGGAAGCCAGCAGAUAGGUUUCUUGCUUGGAAGCUGUGGAGUUACUGUAGCCUUGACUAGCGAUGCUUGUCAUAAAGGACUACCAAAAAGCCCAACAGGAGAGAUCCCACAGUUUAAAGGUUGGCCAAAGCUACUGUGGUUUGUCACAGAGUCAAAACACCUCUCUAAACCUCCUCGAGACUGGUUCCCACACAUUAAAGAUGCAAAUAACGACACUGCUUACAUUGAGUAUAAGACAUGCAAGGAUGGAAGCGUGCUGGGCGUGACUGUCACGAGGAUCGCACUGCUGACGCACUGCCAGGCGCUCACACAGGCGUGCGGCUACACGGAAGCUGAAACCAUUGUGAAUGUAUUGGAUUUCAAGAAGGAUGUGGGGUUGUGGCAUGGCAUCCUAACAAGCGUCAUGAACAUGAUGCAUGUCAUCAGUAUCCCGUACUCGCUGAUGAAAGUGAACCCCCUGUCCUGGAUCCAGAAAGUCUGCCAGUACAAAGCCAAAGUGGCUUGUGUGAAAUCCAGGGAUAUGCAUUGGGCAUUAGUAGCACACAGAGAUCAAAGAGAUAUCAACCUCUCCUCUCUCCGAAUGUUAAUCGUGGCAGAUGGAGCAAAUCCGUGGUCUAUUUCUUCUUGUGAUGCAUUUCUCAACGUCUUCCAAAGUAAAGGCCUUCGGCAGGAGGUCAUCUGUCCUUGUGCCAGCUCACCAGAGGCCCUGACUGUGGCCAUCCGGAGGCCAACAGAUGACAGCAACCAGCCCCCGGGCCGGGGUGUCCUCUCUAUGCACGGGCUGACCUACGGCGUCAUCCGCGUGGACUCGGAAGAGAAGCUCUCGGUGCUCACGGUGCAGGAUGUCGGCCUCGUGAUGCCUGGAGCCAUCAUGUGUUCAGUGAAACCCGACGGGAUUCCUCAGCUGUGUAGAACGGAUGAAAUCGGGGAGCUGUGUGUGUGCGCCGUUGCCACGGGUACAUCGUAUUACGGCCUCUCUGGCAUGACCAAGAACACCUUUGAGGUGUUUCCCAUGACAAGUUCCGGGGCUCCCAUCAGCGAAUACCCGUUCAUAAGGACAGGCUUGCUGGGGUUUGUCGGUCCUGGGGGGCUUGUCUUCGUGGUGGGGAAGAUGGACGGCCUGAUGGUGGUCAGUGGGCGCAGACACAACGCCGAUGACAUCGUGGCAACAGCCUUGGCCGUGGAGCCCAUGAAGUUCGUCUACAGGGGGAGGAUAGCUGUGUUCUCAGUAACCGUCCUUCACGACGAGAGGAUCGUGAUUGUGGCCGAGCAGAGGCCAGACUCCACGGAGGAAGACAGCUUCCAGUGGAUGAGCAGGGUGCUCCAGGCAAUUGACAGUAUACAUCAAGUUGGAGUUUAUUGUCUGGCCUUGGUGCCGGCAAAUACCCUCCCUAAAACCCCGCUUGGUGGGAUCCAUUUGUCAGAAACAAAGCAGCUUUUUCUGGAGGGCUCCCUGCAUCCGUGCAAUGUCCUGAUGUGCCCCCACACUUGCGUCACAAACUUGCCUAAGCCUCGGCAGAAGCAACCAGAAAUCGGCCCUGCCUCUGUGAUGGUGGGAAACCUGGUGUCUGGAAAGAGGAUCGCCCAAGCUAGUGGCAGAGACCUGGGUCAGAUAGAAGACAAUGAUCAGGCCCGGAAGUUCCUGUUUCUCUCGGAGGUGUUGCAGUGGAGAGCUCAGACCACCCCGGACCACGUGCUCUACACGCUGCUCAACUGUCGGGGGACGAUAGCAAACUCACUGACGUGUGUCCAGCUUCAUAAACGAGCUGAAAAGAUAGCGGUGAUGCUCAUGGAAAGAGGACAUCUGCAGGAUGGCGACCACGUCGCUUUGGUCUACCCGCCAGGAAUAGACCUCAUCGCAGCAUUUUACGGUUGUCUGUACGCGGGCUGUGUGCCAAUAACUGUCCGUCCUCCACACCCCCAAAACAUUGCAACGACACUACCCACUGUCAAGAUGAUUGUGGAGGUGAGUCGCUCUGCCUGUCUGAUGACAACCCAGCUGAUCUGCAAACUGCUACGGUCCAGAGAGGCGGCGGCAGCUGUAGAUGUCAGGACGUGGCCCCUUAUCCUGGACACAGACGAUUUGCCAAAGAAGCGGCCUGCCCAGAUCUACAAACCUUCUAACCCUGACACACUAGCUUACCUUGAUUUUAGUGUGUCCACAACUGGGAUGCUAGCCGGCGUAAAGAUGUCUCACGCAGCCACCAGUGCCUUUUGCCGUUCUAUUAAGCUGCAGUGUGAGCUUUACCCCUCUAGAGAAGUGGCCAUCUGUCUGGACCCUUACUGUGGACUUGGAUUUGUCCUCUGGUGCCUCUGCAGCGUGUACUCGGGGCACCAGUCCAUUCUGAUCCCCCCGUCGGAGCUGGAAAGCAACCCUGCCCUGUGGCUGCUCGCCGUGAGUCAGUACAAAGUCCGGGACACGUUUUGUUCGUACUCCGUGAUGGAGCUGUGUACCAAGGGGCUGGGCUCGCAAACGGAAUCCCUCAAGGCACGAGGACUGGACUUGUCCCGAGUAAGGACCUGUGUUGUUGUGGCAGAAGAACGGCCGCGAAUAGCCCUCACACAGUCAUUCUCAAAAUUGUUCAAAGACCUGGGCCUCCAUCCACGGGCUGUAAGCACCUCAUUUGGCUGUAGAGUGAACCUGGCGAUUUGCUUGCAGGGGACCUCAGGACCUGACCCAACCACUGUCUAUGUUGAUAUGAGAGCCCUGCGGCACGACAGAGUCCGUUUGGUAGAACGAGGAUCGCCUCAUAGCUUGCCCUUGAUGGAAUCGGGGAAAAUACUUCCAGGGGUUCGGAUCAUAAUUGCCAAUCCGGAAACAAAAGGGCCACUGGGGGACUCACACCUUGGAGAGAUUUGGGUUCACAGCGCCCACAAUGCCAGUGGUUAUUUUACUAUUUAUGGAGACGAAUCCCUCCAGUCGGAUCAUUUCAACUCAAGAUUAAGUUUUGGAGACACACAGACCAUCUGGGCGCGAACAGGCUACUUGGGAUUCCUGCGGAGAACUGAGCUCACAGAUGCAAAUGGAGAGCGCCACGAUGCCCUGUAUGUGGUGGGGGCACUGGAUGAAGCCAUGGAGCUGCGGGGGAUGAGGUAUCACCCCAUAGACAUCGAGACCUCGGUCAUCAGGGCCCACAAAAGCGUCACAGAAUGCGCCGUGUUCACCUGGACAAAUUUGCUGGUGGUUGUGGUUGAGCUGGACGGGUCAGAACAGGAGGCCUUGGACCUGGUUCCCUUGGUGACCAACGUGGUCCUGGAGGAGCACUACCUGAUCGUGGGCGUGGUGGUGGUGGUGGACAUCGGGGUCAUCCCCAUCAACUCGCGGGGGGAGAAGCAGCGCAUGCACCUGCGGGAUGGCUUCCUGGCCGACCAGCUGGACCCCAUCUACGUGGCCUACAACAUGUAGCCUCGCGUCUCUCUGGCUUCCGUGGACCUUUCUGGAGGCGGGAAGCGUUUGCUCGGUGUCCAGCGGAACGCGCAGCCCCGCAAGGGCCACGUUUCGCCCGAAGGGAGCCUUGCGCGGCGGGCCGGGAAGGGGAUGAGGACGACGUCUCAGAGCGGUCGCGAUUGGCAUGGAGAUGAAAUGGGAACUGACCACUGGAUUCGCUCAGAAGGACUUCGGGUUAUACUGCCUUCAGUUUGUUGGAAAAGCUCAUUUCAAAAACUUUCUUUUCUUUUUUUUUUUAACUAUUGGAUAAUAAGUGCUUUCUUCGUAAAUGUGGUAUUUUGUUAAGCCGAAAUAGCAAUUAAAAAAAUAUUCUGCCCUCCUGAUGGGUUCUUUUAAACAAUUUAUGUAGUGUGACAAAAAAAAUUUGUUUUCUCUGUUUUAAUGUGUCAUGAAAUCUUAAUGACAUGGAUCUGUUACUAAUUUAAGCCAUUGCUAGAACUCAUCCUUUUAGGAAAGUUUAUUGAGGUACGAGAAAACCUUCCAAAUAGCACCUUCCAAUUAGAUUUUAGCAGCUUUCUUUGUCAGAAAUGUGCUGAAGAAACAAAGCCUAAUAUACGGCCUUUGAGGUUAGCAUAGAAUGAGAAGAAAUUAUAAAUAAGGUGUAUUUCGGCAAUUAUCUUGCAAAUAUCUUUGUACUAAACUAAAAAGAUAAAAUAAGUUAACUUCCUCAAUAUGUAAUUAUGUACAAAAUGUUUAAUUUAUUUUGAUCUCUUUAGAAGUAUAAAAGAGAAAAACAUUCAAGAAUAUUAAAGUCUUGUAAUGUUUGCUAAUAUAAAAAAAGUGUUGUAUUAUCUUGCGUGGAUAGUAUCACAACAAAUAUAUAUAUAUGAAAUAUAAAUUCACUAAUGAAAAAGGAGAUUUUAAAGUUUAAACGCAGAGCUUGUCACUUGCAUGGUGCGUCCUCCACUGUACUCACAUACACUUUGCUGUUGCGAGCAAUCCCGGAUCGCCAGGGAGCCCCGUCUCAACGUUUCUUCUAGAACAGAGGCCAGCAAGUGAAGUGACUGCCAUCUCAAAGAUGGUGAAGGAAUUUAAAGCAAAAUGUGCACUAAUUUUUUUUUUUUCCUUUGGUGGGGACAACAGUUGAAUGCGUUUGUUCCAGCAUGUGCUGACAACACUGAGGGGGGCUUUAGGUUGGCAAGAAUAGCCCUGUCUAGUUAGCUGCGAGAAUUUGUUGUACACUUUCAGCCUUUUUGUUAGUGUCAUCUCUCUGGGGUCCUCGGUGUGCAGAGCCAUGAUCCUCUGUGGUCGUUUGUGCUGGGUGGCACCAGUUGCCCUCCGUCGGCCCCCUGUGCAGAGUGGACAGAAUGUCCAGUAGGACUUGAAGGGACAAGACUCCCCUAAGUGGUGUCCCCUUGUCUUUACGCCCAACUUACUCUGGGGGAACUCCUGGUCUUUGGGGUUUCCUAGCGUGGCGGUGAGCAAAAACCCCGCCCAUGGGGAUUCCCAGCAGACCCCCAGCUGAGGCGCAAGGCCUCCUGGCAGAGUUGUUUGCUCACCUGCGGGCUGUGCUGCAGCCGCCUCACACGCCUUUUGGUUUGCCAAGCACGUCUGUGUGUUGCCAUGAGCUGGCCUGUCUGGAUCCACCCAAGAAGCAGGUGUCAGCAAUCCAAGAGGAGUCGUUAGUGCUGCCCCGGUAUGAUCCUGCACUGCCGCUCAGUACUAGAUCUGCACCACCAAGACUGUGGGGUUUUUAUUAUUGUUACUAUUAUUAUUAUUUCUUUGCAGGCAGUAUCUUUGUCUGCCUUGGUGACCAGCCAGCAGUAAGCCCUUUGCUAAAAGAGAAUUCAGUUUGACUUCCGAGAUCCGAGGCUGAUUGUUGCAAAAAGAUUUUAGGUGACACACGUUUUUAGAUUUCUAAAUUUGUCUGCCUAUGGUGCAUCUUCCCACCGCUACAAGGCAUUUGAUCUUACACUGUUGUUGGACUCCAUUGCUCGUGUGUAUUUCUCUACACGCCUCAGCCACACAUUCCUACAGUCUUCUGCUUCCUGAGGGCAGAGAGCACCACAGUAACACACAGGAGCAAAGAGGGCACUUUGGUACACACACCUAUGUUGCUUAAAGGCAGGGGGGCUUUAGAGAAGGUCCCGAUGAUGAGACACAGUCGCAGUGUGCAGGGCAGCUGGCGAGGUCCAGCGGACAUCCGGAAACAAGACAAAUUCAGAUGACACUUCAAACACAACUUUUAACUCUCACCGUAUCAACUUGACAUUCAAGGCGGGGUGGGGGGUGGGCGCUGCAGUGCAGGUGUGAGCUCCGUCUCUCCUGUGCCCUGUCAUCUCUGAUGGUAGAGUUUAGGCUCAAAAGAGUUGGUGGGCUGGGAUCGAAGCGUAGUUGUGCAAGAAAAAGGAAAGAAGACACUGACGUACCACCAGUUUCAGCAAUAAAGAGGGAUCGUUCUGUAUUAGCAAUUGUACUGUAGAUAAAUCACUCAUGAGAAUGUAAAAACUGUUUGUCUUGUGACCUUGUGCUUUUGAAGUCAGACAAAACCGUGUAAUCAACUUGCAGGAACAGAGGGUACAACAGUGAACAUUGAAACACAGACCUAAUCAAACAGGAGCAGGUUCCUCAUGGUGCUUGUUUAUUAUAUAUAUAUUUAACCCUGCUUGACACUUUACCCGAGGGAAACCGUCCCUGUUAUCAGUUGAAUGUUAGCAGCGUUAUUUCAGAGUGUGGUGACUGGUUCGAGAAACUCAGAUGCUCAACCAAUCACAGUUUCAAACAAAAUUUUUAUGUGCAAAGGACAGCAACCUUCUUGUAUGUUAAACCACCAGUACGCUUUGUACAUCUGUGAUAACGCCUGUUUUAUAUUCAAAUGAACAAAUAAAAGCUUUUAUUUUUGUUGCUCUGAAAAUAGCAGUUUCUUAAUUGGUACCCUGGAAAACAAAAAACAAAAAACAACAACAACAAAAAAAAAAAAACCAAAAAAGGCCUGGGACAGCUUCAGUCCUAGGAAGGAAGCGAUUCCUACAGGGAAAUGUACCUGACUCUGUUUACAUGAUUUGUUGCAUAACUUAGUACAGAUGAUCAUACUUUGGACAAUGUUUAAAUUUUGAUGUGGGCAUUUAUUGCUAAAAACAAU